AUGAGGGGUUACCAUGGCGACCGAGGCAGCCAUCCCCGCCCAGCCCGCUUUGCUGACCAGCAGCAUAUGGACGUGGGCCCAGCUGCCAGGGCCCCGUACCUGCUGGGCUCCAGGGAGGCAUUCUCCACCGAGCCCCGCUUCUGUGCUCCAAGAGCUGGCCUGGGACACCUUUCUCCAGAAGGGCCCCUGAGCCUGAGUGAGGGCCCAUCAUCAGUAGGCCCUGAGGGAGGCCCAGGGGGGGUGGGGCCUGGGGGAGGCAGCAGUACCUUCCCCAGGAUGUACCCCGGCCAGGGCCCCUUCGACACCUGUGAAGACUGUGUGGGCCACCCACAGGGCAAGGGUGCCACCCGCCUGCCUCCUACACUCCUGGAUCAGUUUGAAAAGCAGUUACCAGUUCAACAAGAUGGCUUCCACACACUCCCAUACCAGCGAGGUCCAGCAGGGCCUGGGCCUGGACCUGGAUCUGGCCCUGCCCCUGAGGCUCGCAGCGAGAGUCCUAGCCGCAUCAGGCACCUGGUUCACUCUGUGCAGAAGCUUUUUGCCAAGUCCCACUCUCUGGAGGCACCCGGGAAGCGAGACUAUAAUGGGCCCAAGGCCGAGGGAAGAGGUGGCUCUGGGGGAGACAGCUACCCUGGCCCAGGCUCUGGAGGCCCGCACACCUCACACCACCAUCACCACCACCAUCACCACCACCACCAGUCCCGGCAUGGCAAACGGAGCAAGAGCAAGGACCGCAAGGGGGAUGGGCGCCACCAGACCAAGGCCACAGGCUGGUGGAGCUCUGAUGACAAUUUGGACAGUGACAGUGGCUUUCUUGCGGGUGGGAGGCCCCCUGGAGAGCCUGGGGGUCCCUUCUGCCUGGACGCUCCAGAUGGGUCCUACCGGGACUUGAGCUUCAAGGGCCGUUCGGGCGGGUCGGAAGGCCGCUGCCUUGCAUGCACUGGCAUGUCCAUGUCGCUGGAUGGACAGUCAGUCAAGCGAAGUGCCUGGCAUACCAUGAUGGUCAACCAGGGCCGGGACGGAUACCCAGGGGCCGGGCCAGGCAAGGGGCUCCUGGGUCCAGAGACCAAGGCCAAAGCCAGGACUUAUCACUAUCUGCAGGUGCCGCAAGAUGACUGGGGGGGUUACCCCACGGGUGGCAAGGAUGGGGAGAUCCCCUGUCGCAGGAUGCGGAGCGGCAGCUAUAUCAAAGCCAUGGGGGACGAGGAGAGCGGAGACUCAGACGGUAGCCCCAAGACAUCUCCCAAAGCACUUGCCCGACGCUUUGCCUCCCGCCGCUCUUCCAGCGUGGACACAGCCAGGAUCAACUGCUGUGUUCCACCCCGGAUCCAUCCCCGGAGUUCCAUCCCCGGCUACAGCCGUUCCCUCACCACUGGACAGCUCAGCGAGGAGUUCAACCAGCAGCUGGAGGCCGUGUGCGGGUCCGUGUUUGGGGAGCUUGAGUCCCAGGCCGUGGACGCCCUGGACCUGCCCGGCUGUUUCCGCAUGCGGAGCCACAGCUACCUCCGGGCCAUCCAGGCCGGCUGCUCUCAAGACGACGACUGCCUACCCCUCCUUGCUGCCCCUGCCUCUGUCUCAGGGAGGCCCGGCUCCUCCUUCAACUUCAGAAAGGCCCCGCCCCCCAUCCCGACGGGAAGCCAGGCCCCACCCCGCAUCUCCAUCACCGCCCAGAGCAGCACUGACUCUGCCCAUGAGAGCUUCACUGCAGCAGAGGGCCCAGCCCGGCGCUGUAGCUCCGCGGACGGGCUGGACGGCCCGGCCAUGGGCGCACGCACCCUCGAGUUGGCGCCGGUGCCACCCCGGGCCAGCCCCAAGCCCCCCACACUCAUCAUCAAGACUAUCCCCGGCCGGGAGGAGCUGCGGAGCCUGGCGCGGCAGCGGAAGUGGCGGCCGUCCAUUGGGGUGCAGGUGGAGACAAUCUCAGACUCGGACACCGAGAACAGGAGCCGAAGAGAGUUCCACUCCAUUGGCGUUCAGGUGGAAGAGGACAAAAGGCGGGCAAGGUUCAAGCGCUCCAACAGCGUGACCGCCGGUGUGCAGGCAGACCUGGAGCUGGAGGGCUUGGCUGGCCUGGCCACUGUGGCCACAGAAGACAAGGCCCUGCAGUUCGGACGUUCCUUCCAGAGGCACGCCUCUGAGCCCCAGCCCGGACCCCGGGCCCCCACCUACUCAGUCUUCCGCACGGUCCACACGCAGGGCCAGUGGGCCUACCGCGAGGGCUACCCACUGCCGUAUGAGCCGCCAGCCACUGAUGGGUCGCCUGGCCCUACCCCUAUCCCCGCCCCUGGUCCCGGGUCCGGCCGCCGAGAUUCCUGGAUGGAGCGCGGUUCACGUAGCCUCCCCGACUCAGGCCGCACGUCCCCCUGCCCACGGGACGGCGAGUGGUUCAUCAAGAUGCUGCGGGCAGAGGUGGAGAAACUGGAACAUUGGUGCCAGCAGAUGGAGCGUGAGGCGGAGGACUAUGAGCUUCCGGAGGAGAUCCUGGAGAAGAUCCGCAGUGCCGUGGGCAGUACACAGCUUCUCCUGUCUCAGAAGGUCCAGCAGUUCUUCAGGCUGUGCCAGCAAAGCUUGGACCCCACUGCGUUCCCUGUGCCCACCUUCCAGGACCUGGCGGGUUUCUGGGACCUCCUGCAGCUCUCCAUUGAGGAUGUGACCCUCAAGUUCCUGGAGCUACAACAACUCAAGGCCAACAGCUGGAAACUCCUGGAGCCUAAGGAGGAGAAGAAGGUCCCUCCGCCCAUACCAAAGAAGCCCUCGCGGGGGCGGGGCGUGCCGGUGAAGGAGCGCUCCCUGGACUCCGUGGACCGGCAGCGGCAGGAAGCGCGCAAGCGGCUCCUGGCGGCCAAGCGCGCCGCCUCGUUCCGCCACAGUUCGGCUACCGAGAGCGCGGACAGCAUCGAGAUCUACAUCCCCGAGGCCCAGACCAGGCUGUGA